AUGUCAGCCCCUCCAGCCCCCUGGAAAUGCUACACGGAGAGUCAAGAGUCCCCUGCAGAAUGGGGUGAACUGUGGAGUGGGAGGCAGAUCUCCAAAAACCGGACAGAAGGACGGUGCCUUCCUCUUGCAGAAAGCAGAUCCAGGAUCCAACUGAGGAUGUCCCUGACAAUAUUUUUGAUGUGUCAGCGAUGGAUAUAGAUGCUGAACGAGAGAAAAUCAGACAGGAGAUUGAAGAGCUGGAGAGGAGUCUGGGCCCCAGCCUCCCGUGCCUCGACAUUCAAGUUUCGGACUCAAGCCUUGAGUCAGGUUCUGAUGAUGGAGGUGACCUCGAAGAUGACGAUUCUGACACUCGUCUUGACAUGGAGGUUGACCCAGGUGGGGGAGAAGGUGCCAGCGAGGAGCAGGAGGAUGAAGUCGACAUUAAUCUCCCUCAAAGCCCGGAGACCUGCCUGCAGAUGAACCUGGUGUAUCAGGAGGUGAUUCAAGAGAAGAUUGUGGAGAUCAACCUCCUCUUAGCCCAGAACAAAGAGCAGCAGGAAAAGCUGACCUGGGAGCUCGCUGGGACGAGGGUGUCGAAAUUGGGCGAUGGCAAAUCCUUGCCCGCAAAUAUGUUUCUGGGCCAUUUUCUGAAGCCGUACUUUAAGGACAAAACGUCGGGGUUUGGCCCUCCUGCGAACGGCGAUGCCCGCGAAAAGGCACUCCAAGGCAUCAAGUCUUUCGAGGAGCUCGUCACGAUCAAAUGGAAGAGCCGUGAGAAGCUGCUGCUGCGUCAAUCCGUGAUGAGUGACCGUUUGCAGCGUCUGCUCCAGCCGAAGCUACUGAAGCUGGACUAUUUGAAUGAGAAACGAGGGAAAUCCAAGGAUGAAAUGGGAAGGCAGAUCUUGGAAAAGCAGAUCCAAGAGACGGAGCGUGAAAUCAACGAUAUCAACCUGAUGCCGGAGGAGGCUUUGUUGGGGAACAGACUCGACGAACAUGACUGGGACAAGAUUGCCAACAUCAACUUCGAAGGGACGCGCAACGCAACAGAGCUGCGGAAAUACUGGCAGAACUCGGAACACCCCAGCAUCAACAGGAAGGAAUGGAGCGAGGAGGAGAUCGAGAAGCUGAAGGAAAUCGCCACGAGGCACAACUGCUGGGGUUGGGAAGCCAUUGCCCAGGAGCUGGCGACCCAGCGCACAGCUUUCCAGUGCUUGCAGAAGUUCCAGGCCUACAACAAAGACUUCAAGAGGAGCGAGUGGGCCCCGGAAGAGGACCACAUGCUCCUACAGCUUGUGCAGGAGAUGCGGGUCGGGAAGCACAUUCCUUACCGGAAAAUUGCCUACUACAUGGAGGCCAGGGAUUCCGCCCAGCUGAUCUACAGGUGGUCAAAGCGAGUGGAUCCCAACCUCAAGCGAGGACCCUGGACCUCCGAGGAAGAUGCCAAGCUCCUGAAGGCCGUGGCGAAAUACGGAGAGCGGGACUGGUACAAAAUCCGGGCCGAGGUGCCCGGCCGGAACGACAUCCAGUGCCGAGACAGAUACCUGCACGCGCUGAACUAUGACAUCAAGAAGGGCAAAUGGAGCGAGGAGGAGGGAAGGAAGCUGGUCGAACUCACGGAAAAAUACGGCGUGGGCCACUGGGCCAAGAUCGCUUCGGAGCUCCCCCACCGCUCCGGAAGUCAGUGUCUCAGCAAGUGGAAAGUGCUCUUGGGGUAUGGGAGGAACCGGAGGAAGAAACCGGAGAAAAAGCUCCUUCGGAAGCGGAGGCGCGUGCGGAGGGCCAGCCCCAGCCUUCCGAAGUCCAGCAGCGAAGAUUCGGACCUGGAUCUGGGGGAAGGGGGGAGCACUGAGGAGGACGCGCCCAAGGCCAAAGCGGAGGGGCGCUGGAGGGUGCCGAGCAUCGACCUGUGGGUCCCCACGAGGAGGAGCCCGUUGGAAGGGCCGCCGGAGCAGCUGGCCUCGGUGACGCUGCUUUCCAAAGGGUUUGACGUGGACAGGAAGCGGAACCCCGGCGCCCGUCUCGACAAGGACAAGCGCCCCGUGGUGGAGGGUGGCAGCGGUGGCGGCGGCUCAGGGGGCAGGCUUUUGCAGCCGGCCCAGAGCAAAGCGCAGGAGGGUUCGACGGAGGAAGGGAAGAAGAAUUCCAGAGGCCCGAAGGACGCGUGGCGGGUUUCUUUGGCUUACGUGAAAUACGUGUUGAGAAAAAACAGCUACGAGCUACAGAGGAGGAGCCGAGAAAUCACCAGAAAGAAGCGUUUCGCUUCCGCUUCCCAGCCGGGCCCUGGAAGAUCCUUGGUCCCGGUCGCCAGCGAACCUUGCAGAAGCUACGGGCAGAAGGACGGGAUGUGGAAGACCACCCUCUACCGGAGGCUGAUGAUGGCGGUGGCCCCCUGGGCCGGGAGCACGGUGCAGAGCUGGGCCCUGCGAGUCACGGCGGAAGCGUCUCGCAAGUCGAAAGCGGAAUUCAUCUCCAAGCAGCUCCAGGCAGCCCGCCUCACGAGCACACCGUUGUUCACCCUGUUCAUUCAGCUGCUUCACAUCGACGUCGGCGGCUGCAUGAAAGUCAUCCACAAAAGGAAAUCCCGGCAGCCGGAGCUCCUGAAGGCCAUCGUUGGGAACGCCGGGAAGGGGCCCACCAGCUGUCGACCAGGGACCCACAAGCAGGAUGCGGUUCAACAGCACCCUCCCACCCAUGUUCCCCAGCAGCAACUGGUGCACGCAGGCUUACUGCCUUGGAUACUGAAGGCCUCUUCCGUGACGGAUCCUAAAGCCCAGCCCAGCCUCCUGGCGGCCGGCCCGCAUCCCCGCAAGAAGCUGAUCCCCCUGAGGGCCAAGGAAGGCCCUGUCCCGGUUUCCUCCUGGACGGUGCGCUGUUCUGGUCCGGCCCCGAAGCCCAAGACCGUCUCACAGCUGCUGAAGGAGAAGAGGCUGAGGGAGGAGACGGCCAAGGCCCAGGACUCCGAGCAAAGGCGGCUGGUUGCGGAGCCCCGGUUGCUGCUGCCCUCCUCCGUCAUCACCCGGCCCCAAAGGACUCCCGCCGCCCGGGGGCUGAGCCGCGCUCCAAACGUGGGGCAGCCCGUCCACACAAACACCCGGCUGUCGCCGCUGCCAGCGCCCUCUCCUGUGGCGGCUUCCGGCCCUCCAGCCCCAGCGCCGGGAAUCGAUGCGCCCCCCCUGCAAGGAGCUCCGGGGGGCUCUUCGGACACAGGAGCAGGGAGGACCAGCAAGGGAACGGCUCCCUCUGGGGGCGGAGGCCAUGAGAGCGCCCCGGCCAGCCAGAAGGCCGGCCCUUCCGCACUCCUCCACGUCUCGGCGAGGGCCGCCGCCGGUCGUCUUCCCUCUCCGCAUCCUGGCGGUGCAGAGGACGCGCCUUCCUGCCGCCCGGCCAGCGUGGGGCCCCCGGCAGCAGCGGCUUCUUCCCAGCCCGGCUCCGACGGGGCUUCCGAAACAAUCCUGCCCAUAACCUGGGUGGUGACGCCGCAGGGCCUUCUUCCCCUGACAGUUGUCAGCGUUUCCAAGCAAGGGAAGCCGCCUACAGGGGCCCCAGCCGCAUCUCCGAACCUGGGCCAGGCCGCGGCGGUGUCUUCGGUCGAGGUUCCAACCGUGAGCACAGUCCUGGUUGCAGACAGGUUCAGUUGGCCGCCUCCUGCAGCCCAAGCGCACGGGGCCUCUUCCAGCAGCCCAGAGAGCGACGGGGGCCCUUGGCAAACUGCCUUGAUCCCUCCUCCUCCUCCUCAGCUUCCUCCGUGCCCUGCCCCUCCCGACACAGUCCAGGACCCCACCUGCCCCGCGCCAUCUCCGCCACGGGAGCACAAGGUCUCCCCGGACUAUAGCCUCCUGUCUCGAGAAGAACCGGCGGCAGUGAAGCAGUGGGCAAAGGCCGGGCCGGACGGCAGGGGCCCCUCCCCGGGGGGCGGCCUGCCUUACCUGCCACCUUUCCUGUGCAGCUUAAAGACUCUCUCGGCGCUGCUGCUCAACAAGGAAGCCCUGGAACGCAGCGCCGCGUCUCUCGUGGCCCCCGGAGGGCAGCAGGAGGGCCCCAGCCGGCCGGACUUGACAGCGCUGAGGACGCUGGUGCAUCAGCGGCUCCGGGACAACCCGGCCUACCAGCUCCUGAAAGGCCGGUUCUUGGCGGCCUUCACCUUCCCGGCUGCCCUCGCGGCGCUGCCUCCUUUCCGGACGACGACGCUCUCCGGCGGCCGGUGGUGGGAAAGGGGCCACGGCGAAGACUCCUGCUCGUCAUCUGAGGAGGAAGACAGCGCGGCUGAGAGGGAGUCCCACGGCGCGGCGGGUUGCAGGCCCGGGAGGCUGUCAGCCGUCAGCGUGGAGCAGGAGGAGCCGGACGUGGCCAGUGCUGACUCAGACCAGUUCAGUGCACCGAGGAUCCGAAGAAGCACACGCCUUCGGAAAAGGAAAAGGCCGCUGUGAGAGGAACGAGGGAAAAGCAGCCUUUUGGACUUGCCUUCCAGAAGUGUGGGCACCACAACUCUCCGCGGGCCCCCGCCAUCACGGCCCUUUUAAAUGUAAUGUGAAAUUUGGCACUCUUUUAUUUAUUUUUUGCCAUUUCUUGUUCUGUUGGAGUAACAAUUGUGUGAGCAAGAGACCCUCGACUGCUUCACACAACACGACAACCCAGGGUACGGCUUCUUUCUGAACCGUGGGUUGUUGUGUGAUCCCAGCCACAUGGACAAACGAUGGCUUGUUAACCACAAGCAACCUAGAGUUCACAACCCAAACAACAAACCAUGGGUCCUCUUUCGUUGGUUGUUCGUGGUUAACAGAACACAACAAUCACGUUGUUAUCCUGUUGUGUGAACAACCUCUUUGGGCGUUCUCGUGUUGCGGGCUUCCUUGAAACAUCAGCUGCGUCUGCCCGGAGGGUCCCAGCCGUCCGUUUGCACGAACUACAAGCGCGCCUCAAACCUCGCAGCUGGGAAUCGAAGAUGGAAACGUUACGCUGCUUAAUUCUGCGCCUUGGAGAAAGGGCGCUUUUUGAUCUACGUGGGCUGGCGUUGCUAUCCUCUGACAGCGACGUGAUCACAGCCGGACCCAGAAGAAAAUGAAGGAGGGAAAAUUAAACCCUUAUUUAUAA